AGAUGCGCUGGCAGCUGAGCGAGCAGCUGCGUUGCCUGGAGCUGCAGGGCGAGCUGCGACGGGAGCUGCUGCAGGAGCUGGCCGAGUUCAUGCGGCGCCGCGCCGAGGUGGAGCUGGAGUACUCCCGUGGCCUGGACAAGCUGGCUGAGCGCUUCUCCAGCCGAGGAGGCCGCCUUGGGGGCGGCAGCCGGGAGCACCAAAGCUUCCGGAAGGAGCCAUCCCUCCUGUCGCCCUUGCACUGCUGGGCUGUGUUGCUACAGCAGACGCGGCAGCAGAGCCGGGAGAGUGCGGCCCUCAGCGAGGUGCUGGCUGGACCACUGGCCCAGCGCCUGAGCCACAUUGCGGAGGAUGUGGGGCGCAUAGUCAAGAAGAGCAAGGAUCUGGAGCAACAGCUGCAGGAGGAGCUCCUGGAAGUGGUGUCAGAGCUGCAGACGGCCAAGAAGACAUACCAGGUGUACCACAUGGAGAGUGUGAAUGCCGAGGCCAAGCUCAGGGAAGCAGAGCGGCAGGAGGGGAAGCGAGCAGGCCGGAAUGCCGCCACUGCUGCCACCACCACUACCGGCACCGAGGCAGGGCCUCUCCGCAAGGGCUCCCUCAAGAAGGGAGGGCGGCUGGUGGAGAAGCGUCAGGCCAAGUUCUUGGAACACAAGCUCAAGUGCACAAAGGCACGCAAUGAGUACCUGCUCAGUCUGGCCAGUGUCAACGCUGCUGUCAGCAACUACUACUUGCAUGAUGUCCUGGACCUCAUGGAUUGCUGUGACACGGGAUUCCACCUGGCCCUGGGGCAGGUGCUCCGGAGCUACAUGGUGGCCGAGAGCCGCACCCAAGCCUCCCAGAUGCAGGGCCUGGGCAGCCUGGAAGAGGCAGUGGAGGCCCUAGACCCUCCAGGGGACAAGGCCAAGGUGCUGGAGGUGCACGCAGUCGCCUUCUGUCCCCCGCUGCGUUUUGACUACCAGCCCCACGAGGGGGAUGAGGUGGCUGAGAUCCAGGUUGAGAUGGAGCUGCGGGACGAGAUUCUGCCCAGAGCCCAGAACAUCCAGAGCCGCCUGGACCGACAGACCAUCGAGACAGAAGAGGUGAACAAGACGCUGAAGGCCACACUGCAGGCCCUGCUGGAGGUAGUGGCAUCAGAGGACGGGGACAUGCUCGACUCCUUCCAGACCAGUCCAUCCACAGAGUCCCUCAAGUCCACCAGCUCCGAUCCGGGUGCUCGGCAGGCCGGCCGGAGGCGGGUCCAGCAGCAGGAGACUGAGACUUUCUAUGUCACAAAACUCCAGGAAUACCUGAGUGGACGGAGCAUCCUUGCCAAGCUGCAGGCCAAACAUGAGAAGCUGCAGGAGGCCAUUCAGCAAGGUGACAAGGAGGAGCGGGAGGUGUCCUGGACUCAGUACACACAGAGAAAAUUCCAGAAGAGCCGCCCCCCUCGUCCCAGUUCCCAGUAUAACCAGAAGCUCUUUGGGGGAGACAUGGAGAAGUUUAUCCAGAGCUCAGGGCAGUCCGUGCCCCUGGUGGUGGAGAGCUGUGUCCGCUUCAUUAACCUCCAUGGCCUGCAGCACGAGGGCAUCUUCCGGGUGUCGGGUGCCCAGCCCCGGGUCUCAGAGAUCCGUGACGCUUUUGAGAGAGGAGAGGACCCGCUGGUGGAAGGCUGCACGGCCCGGGACCUGGACUCAGUGGCAGGGGUGCUGAAACUCUACUUCCGGAGCCUACAGCCCCCGAUAUUCCCCCCAGACCUCUUUGGAGAGCUGCUGGCUUCUGCAGAGCUGGAGGCCAUGGCUGAACGGGUGGAGCACGUGAGCGGCCUCCUGGUCCGGCUGCCCGGAUCGGUGCUGGUGGUCCUCCGCUACCUCUUUACCUUCCUCAACCACCUGGCCCAGUACAGCGACGAGAACAUGAUGGACCCGUACAACCUGGCAGUGUGCUUCGGGCCGACACUGCUGCCAGUGCCUGCUGGGCAGGACCCAGUGGCCUUGCAGGGCCGGGUGAACCAGCUGGUGCAGACGCUCAUCUUGCAGCCCGCUCGGGUCUUCCCACCCCUGUCCCUGCUGCCUGGCCCGGUCUAUGAAAAGUGUAUGGCGCCACCUUCUGCCAGCUGCCUGGGGGAUGCCCAGCUGGAGGGCCCAGCGGGGGAGAAUGAGCCGGAGCUGGAAGCUGGGACCCUGGCCCUUGAGGAUGGUGAGGGNNNNGUGGAGGCCGUGGCCUGCUUUGCCUACACGGGCCGCACGGCGCAGGAGCUGAGCUUCCAGCGCGGGGAUGUGCUGCGGCUGUACGAGCGGGCCUCCCGGGACUGGUGGCGGGGAGAGCGUGCUGGGGCCCGGGGACUCAUUCCACACAAGUACAUCACACUGCCGGCAGGGGCAGAGAAGUUUGCUGCGGGCCAAGGGCCGCAGGCCUCAGGGGAGCUGGUGAGCAGUCCCGAGGGCCUCCCAGCCUUGGAAUUUGUCCAGAGGCCAGAGCCAUGCACCCCACCCGAGGCCCCUCUGGGCACACCCGGGGGCCCUUCUGGACACAGACGGCACUGCUUGGUCCUGACAUCCCCAGAGCGACACGUGGAGGUGGAUAAGGCGGUGGCACAGACCAUGGACUCUGUGUUUAAGGAGCUCUUGGGAAAGACCGCAGUCCGUCAGGGCCUCGGGCCAGUGGCCACCAACUCCCCUAGCCCUGGGCCCCGCAGCCCGAAGCCAGCUGCCUGCAGCCGCUUCGGCAAGAACAAAGGCUUCUCCCGUGGCCCUGCGGCCCCAGCCUCCCCCUCAGCCUCUCAUCCCCAGGGCCUGGACUCACCCCUCAAGCCGCACUGAGGUGGCUGCCGGUUCCUCUGCAGGCCCCGCCCUGCCCCAGGUGGCCACUGGCGAGUCUGGCCACAGUCCCCAGGCCCUUUGCUUCUCCCUGGCCCUGUCCAGCCUGCCUGCUCAUGACGCUUUGCAGAGAGGAGGACGUGGCUGCCCCAGCCCACCCCUGGCUCCCCUGCCCUGGCUCUGGAAGGCGGCCAAUGAGGGAGGCUGGUGGCAGGCCUCUCCUGGGCCUGGCCGUGAGGGCUUGUCGGUGGUGGUCAGGUGGUGGGCGCCCUUGCUCAGCCCAGGGCGCUAGCCUGGUAGGGGUUGGCAGGCAUUGGCUGCCGUUCAUAAAAUCCUGUGCGUUGACUCCCCCA